CCGUUUCCAUGCCAGCAUGGGAACUGCCGUGUCCAAAAGGAAGAAUCUGAGAAACGAUGCUAUUUCGUCCGUGGCGGCAAAAGUUAGGUGAGUAGCCCACCUUGACACACGAACACCUGCAGCGCGGAUACGGACGUCUUCGUCCGUAGAGUGUCCGCAAGAGUUUCAGUGCAGCCUGCAUGCUGAGUGUAUGCACGCGGGAGAGCUCACCACGGUGUAACGUGAAGUUACAAAACCGCUCGAGGAACAUCCACUGCACUCCAGAGCCACCAGUCUCCUCCACGCUCCAAGGACAGGUCAAAAUAGUCAUCGUAUAACGAUGUGUUAAAUAUACCUAUUUGGGCCUUUUGUCAAUCCAAGAAACACCAUGUGCCGUAAAGCACAUGGUGCUUUAAGCAUAAAGCAGCCUUUGGUAUGCAUUAUAAAAUGUUAAAUUUAUCGUGUUUUGUCUCUCGAAAACCAGCUAAUGUGUGUGCGUUGUCCAUUGCGCUUCUGGCUCUUUCUACAUAACUCAGGUGCAGGGGACCUUCUUGUGUGGAAAGGGAAGCGAACUGAAGGAAUUUAACAACCCAGUGUUCAAUCUACAGUGAGCUGCCUGCUAACCGCUGAGGAGCUAUCCAGUGCUGUGGUGCUGAAAGCGUGUUUAACAUGAGAACUGUUCUUGUAAGAGCAGCCAGAGCCUUUGGAGACUACCUGUCUCACGCGCAUCCUGACAACUGCAACGGAUCAGAUCACUUGCUCUCUGACACCCUCAUCGGCCCAGACACAGACUCCCUAGACCGGCUUAGCCUCCAGAACAACAACCUCCCCACGUACCCUGUGCGAGGCCCCUCCGGCGCCCCCGAGCCCAGUCUGAUCAGCUCCCCGCUGGGCAUCCUCCAGCCUCCACCCCCACCCAUCUCCUCCUCCUCCUCCUCCUCCUGUGGCAAGGCCCAGCUGUCCCUGGAGCGCAGCUUCUCGGCCGAGGAGGACCAGCAGAAGUGCGCGGAGUGUGCGCUGCAGCCCGCCCGCGUCUACACCAUCACCGGGGAGAGCGGCAUGCUGGGUAGUGGCCGCGGGAGCAAGGAGACCCUGGAGCUGGAGGUGCUCCGGGGGGCCCGAGAGCCAGCGGCUCCGCAGCCCGGGGGCCACAACCCCCGCCUCCCCCAGACCUCCGCGUCGCCCUCGACCUCCUCGUCGCCCACCACCCAGCACCACCAUCGCCACGGAGUGAGCGCCGACAGGGCUCACCACCACGGCAACCACCACCACGGCAACCCGUACGCCUCCGCUUCCUCCUCUGCCCAUGGAAGCGGCGGAGCGGGCAGCAACAGCGGCGGCGAGGGCGGCGGCAGCGGCGGCUCUCGCCACCGCCACCACCACCUGGCACAGCCGCCGCUGCAGAGCUCGGUCAGCGCCCACAACAUCCGCGGCUGGGGCGAGGGCAAGGACACCUGCGGCAGCGGCGGCGGCCUGGCGUGCGAGGUGUGCGCCGUGGGCAUGGGUGGCAUGGGCAUGGGCGGCAUGACCACCGGCGGCGUGCCCUCACGCAGCCAGGGCUCCCUGGACCUGGAGAGCAGCGGCCGCGAGGCAGGCAAGCAGCACCGGCGCCUAGAGCGGAUGCAUAGUGUGGACCGGGUGACUGGGCUGGACCGAGAAGACAACAACUGGUUCCCAAAAGAGAACAUGUUUAGUUUCGGGACAGCCACAACAACCAUGCAAGCGAUAACAAACUUCCGGAAGCAUUUGAGAAUGGUGGGCAGCAGAAGAAUGAAAGCACAGACGUUUGCGGAACGCAGAGCGAAGAGCUUCAACCGCUCCUGGAGCGACCCUACUCCUGUCAAGCCUGACACUCCAAACGAGUCAAAAGACAGUGGUGAGCUGCAGGCGCCAUGCGGGGCACAAGACGAGGCUAGUAGUGACGACAUGGACUGGGAGGAGGAGAGGGAGAUGGAACGGCUCGCCUGUGAAGGAGAUGAUUUCAUCCCUCCUAAAAUCAUGCUUAUCUCCUCGAAAGUGCCCAAGGCAGAGUAUGUCCCCAACAUCAUACGCAGAGAUGACCCAUCGAUCAUUCCUAUCCUCUAUGAUCAUGAGCAUGCUACUUUUGAUGAUAUUCUGGACGAGAUAGAUAAGAGACUCACGGCCUACAGGAGAGGCAGUAAAAUUUGGCAGAUGCUCAUCUUUUGUCAGGGAGGUCCAGGUCACCUGUAUUUGCUGAAAAACAAAGUGGCCACGUUUGCCAAGGUGGAGAAGGAGGAAGACAUGUGCCUGUUUUGGAAGAGACUGAGCCGCUUUAUGAGCAAGCUCAACCCUGAGCCCAACCUAAUCCACAUCAUGGGCUGCUACGUGCUCGGCAACCCCAACGGAGAAAAGCUGUUCCAGAAACUGAAGAACCUGAUGAGGCCCUGUUCCGUAACCUUCGAAUCGCCUCUGGAGCUCUCCUCACAGGGCAAGGAGAUGAUCGAGAAGUACUUUGACUUCCGUCUCUUCCGCUUGUGGAAGACACGCCAGCACUCCAAACUGCUGGAGUUCGAGGAGCUCAUGUGACGCGGUGUCUCGGGUGGGGACGUCCCCUCGUGAGACAGGAAGUCCCUCUGCCCAGCUUAUCUCACCAGCUUUUCAUUGAGGACGAGAUGGACAGAAGACACACGGAUAAGAUACUGGGAGGGACAGGCACCGUAGCCUCUGAUGAACUCAG